CUAACCAGGCACAGAGCACAGUUUCUCUCUAUUUCUCUCUCUCCUUCUAAUAAACAUAAACCCGCCUGCAAAAAGGAGAGACACGUCAAAAGACAAGGAGUAGUCAGACUAAGAUAACAACAUAUUGACAUAUCCCGACAGAAAAAGGUGAUGGCAGUGGCAGUCUCCAGGGAUCUGACGGUGCAGGUGCUAGAGGAUCUGAAUGCUGUCAAGCUGACCAACAGACAGCAGGCUUUGCGUACUGCCAUCCAGAGAGGAGAGCCUAGAUGUCUUGGGGUGAGUCAGGUUAUGCUGGGGCUGAUGGUCAUGUCCUACUCCAUUCCUCUGCACUUCACUGAGUUCACAGAGGUGGUCAUCCUGGGAGUUCCUUGGUGGAGCGGCCUGACGUUCAUCACAGCGGGAGUGGUUGCUAUCAUUUUGGACAAACACUGCACCAUGAAAAUUUUGCGAGCGUGUUUGAUAGUGAGCGUGGUGUCCACUGUGCUGUCAGUUGUGGCUGUGAUCAUCUACUCUGUGGACAUGGACAAGAAUCCUGAGGAGCCAUGUGUCAAAAUUAUGCAUGGCAGCUGUAUUGAGAAACACUAUGCCACGAAGGUGAGCAGAGGACUUAAAUCCUCCCUCCUCCUCUUCACCCUGGCCCAGACAGUUAUCUCUGCCAUUCUAUGCUUCCUUCUCUACAGACAAAGACGCAUCUUUGGACCAUAUGGUUCUCUCACUCAAGAUGCUCCAUCAACCCUCACAUCACUUACACCUCCUGACCUGAACUGAUCAAUGGUUUGACCAAAAGUCAGGUAGAUGAUCUCUUAAUAUGACUGAUCAGCUGUGAUCAAGGUGGACUGAUUAGCUUUUGUCAACAUGGUUAAUCAUGUUUCACAGAGGUGAACAAUUGGCUGAUAUUAAGAUGUAAUUCAACUAUCUGCUUGUACCUUUUAGCUAUCCACUGUGCUACCUGUGUGGAUCACCAGCUGAAUGUCUGUGAAGACCUGAAUAUUAGAUUGAUUUUAUCACUGCUAUUAUUAAUUCAUAAGCAUUUUAAUCACUUCCAUUUUUUAAAUUAUUUUUUGUUACUUCCACCCUUGAGGCCACUUUUUAAAAAUGAUAAAUGGCAAUUUUUUGUUGUGAAUGAUGAAUGUAAGACGGAGAAAAUGGCGAAACAUGGCUCCGUUUUCAUCAUAUCACGACUGUUUUAAUCAAAUCAACUUUAAAUUAAUCAAAUAAUUUGAUAAUUUAUCACUCUAUUUUUCAAUUCACAUGCAUUUUCAUUAUCCAUUUUUAUUAAUUAAUUUGUGUUACUUCCACCCCUCAUACACACAAUGGGCCUUAUGCAAGAAUAUUUUCGUAGUCUUAUUUUACUUUUUUGUGAGGUGGACUUGUACAAGUGUGCAACGUCAGAUUCACCAAACACUCAUAUUGCCUGGAAAUAGUUGUAAAUGAGCUGCGUAAACAUGAUGAAUCUCACCUGUUCUAAAUGAAAGCGCAUUUCAGAGAAUAGUAAAUUGGCAUAUUUACACCCUCAAAAUACCAUAUAAGGCCAGGCAUCCAGCAAGUUGUAGAGAAGCUCCAUUCAUUAAAAUGGCACUAAAAACUAAGAAGAAGUACUUUAUGAGCUCUGAGAUUGAGGUCCUGCUCUCAGAAAUAGAUCAACAGAAACACAUUAUUUAGUAGUGUACAUGGUGAAAUUAAAGGUCCUGAGACAGCCAAACACUGGGAAAAAAUGGACCGUGCUGUGAAUGCUGUCUGGCCUAUUGUGUGCAAUGUCACAGAAAUAAUAAAGAAAUGGUUUGACAUGAAAGUGGAUGCCAAAAAACAUCUUGCAAGGGGAGUCAAACCAUAACUUAAAUUAUCUACAUUUCAAUUAAAUUAAGUAUUUAACAAAUAGUCAGUUUGCGUUGUAGAAAAGUAACUGGACAAGUCGCUUAGGUUUCGUUAGUUUUUUUUUUUUUGUCUUAUGUUAACGCUUUUAACUUGUAUCACUCAUCAUUAUAUCAUGCCUCAAUUGUCAAAUACUAUUGUAAUACUAAAAUAAUACUUCUAAACACAGGGUAAUAUUACCAUGAUUAUGGAUUUCGAAGUGGAAUGCAUUUAUUAAAACUCAAAAUGAGUAAUAAGUAAUGAACGGGACGUAAUCCAUUAGUCAAGUUGCAAACUACAGGUGAGCCAGUGGGAGCUUGUCUCCCCCUUUGUAACGGGUGUGGACCCAAUAGCAGCACAGAACCAGGGAGCAGUUUUAAAUGAUCUUUAUUAUAUAUAGCAAGGUAACAGAACAGGUAUCUGGCAGGUUGUGUAGGUGGGAAGGCUGGGCUCAGGGUCACCAAAGACAUAGUUGGCAGCAGGUAAGACAAUAACAGUAGCACUGAAGGACAUGAGGUUGACCAAGCUGGAGUUUCUGGGCUCUCCUGAAAGGAUCGAAGCCAGAGGACACCACACAGCCACAGGCAAACAGCCACAGGCGAUACUCAAAUGGCGCUUUUCCAAUACACAGUUCCAGCUCGACUCGCCUCGGUUCUUUUUGCGUUUCCACUAGGGAAAGUACCUGGUACUUGGUACUUUUUUAGUACCUGCUCUGGUGAGGUUCCAAGCGAGCCAAGCCGGUACUAAAAUGUGACGUUGACACACUGCUGGCCGCUGAUUGGUCAGAACAGUUGUCGCUGGAAGAGUCAUGAGCCGUCCGGCAUUUUUAAAUACCGGCGCCAGAGUUACAACCAUAGUUACAGCUAUACGGGUCAAUUUUCUUGCUUUGUGUGUGACAAAAAGCCACAUACAGCAGCAAGUACACCACUGCCUCAAUGUCCUCCAUUGUUUGUGUUUUGUGUCGUGUAUAAAACAAAGUCACGGCAGUUUCGUGGAGCCGUGCUAUGACGACCCCGCCCACGUUGAGUAGGUACUUUUUUGUAAUGGAAAAGGUUGUUCCUUGUGCCAAACCAAGUUGAGUUGAGCCGAAUCGUGCUAGAACUGUAUAGUGGAAAAGCGCCAAAAGUCAGAAAUAGAAGGCUAGUGCGUUUACCAGGGAAGACACAAGGAGAUCAAAAGCAAGCAGGGUCAAAACCAGGGAAUCAGUCCGUGAAUCAGUGCUGGAAGGUCUGGCAUGUAGCAAUUGCAAACGAUGAUCUGGCCAAGAUUGAGUGGACAACAGGAGUAUAUAUACUGGCUUGAUACAGAUGGGGUGCAGCUGAGAGUCCAGUUGAUUACUGAUGAGCUAUAGCUGACUGCCCAGGGGAACAGAGUUACGUGAUGAGGUGGGUGUGGUGAAUGGAAAUUUACCAGCAGCAGGAGAAGCGAAGAACAGACUGUGAUACCCUUAAUAAAGCAUAAGCUCCCCUAAAAACAGGAUUUUUUUAAAUUUUGAGGGAUCUCUAAAAUACUGACAAUAUGCUAUUUUGCAGCAUAUUUUAUAUUUUUCUGCAUUCUCAUUAUCAUGAGUCAUGCGUAAAAUUAGUCCAUUAUGGAUGUAUGAUUCGUGCAAGAAGGCUAUUCAUCACUAAUUAACUUUAAUAAAGAUACUGGCAUACAUGGUAUUCUUGUCAUCACCAUCAAAGUGUAGCAGUUUAACUGAAAGAUCAGAAGAAACAGUAUUUUCUUGGUCACUAAGUCUGCGCAAAGAUUCAACAUAAAUCAUUUAUUUGUUAUGUGGUAGUCAGCAUACAGUGAUGCUAAAAAAAAAAUUCAACCAUGACACAGUGGUGUUUGGUUUUGAUACACAUGUGGAGGUUUUAUGUAUUCAUUAAUUGAUUAUCAUAUACAAUGAAAUCUACAAGGUCAGCCAGCUCAGUUGUGGAUGCAUGGCGGUGUCCAUCAACUUGUGAAAAAGGCUUUGUUUAAGAGGUAGUAAGUACUUGAGUUGGAAUUCUUUUUUCUUUUGACAAACAAAUAUUUCCAAAUUCUAGAAUAAUGAUAACUAGAAAAUUCCAGGGAAAUUUUGAGUGCCACAGGGCUGCUGCUGGUACGAGUACACGAUUUAUUUCUAGUGUUCAAAAGUCACCCUGAUCAUAUGCUGGUUUCGAGUAUUAAGUACAUCUUACUAGUCAGUAUCAAGUGUAAUGUACUUUAUUCUCAACU